AUGUCUGACCGCAAGGCGCCAAGGCAGGUGGCAGGAGCAUCGACUCGGAGUGCUGCACAUGUUCAAGGCAGACUACCUUCAGCUACCUCUUCUCUGCGCGUUCAGCUUCCUUCGACAUCAAGCGAUCAGCAAGAUCGACGAGCUUCGAGCUCAUCAUCGACGCGCCUCGCUGCGCAGCAAUCACAAUCUGAACACGAUCAGGGCCAGUCGGACGCGGCAGUGCUUACCUCCUCCAUCCUUGCAGCUCAGGUAGAAGCGCGUUCCCAACUCUACACGCACGAGAAGCUGGUAGAUGGAGUCUCUUCAGACAUCCUACGACAAAUGCUCACCGUCGGACGUCGGUUCGUUCUACCAGACGAUCAGAGCGACUCCACGAAUGAAGAACCUCCGGAAGGCAAUUCUGGAAAGAUUAUCCGUUCCCUCUUCUUGGCGGUCUUGGAAGAGAGGCACUCCUUGGAACUCUGCGCUUAUCCAGCUUGCAGAUCCUCACCGUGUCGUCCACGCCGCUCAGCUGACAAGCAUGGCUCUUCGUCUCGCUCUGCAUCAUCGUACCGCAUCAACCGGCACACGCACUCUAUUGAGCCCGAAACGAGACUCGAAGUGGGAGGAGCGUGGACCUUCUGCUCGGAUGCUUGUUGGGCGAGAGCUACGUGGAUCACGCGCUGGAUACUCGGCGAUGAUGGACACGAUCAGCCUUCCGGUCAGCCAUCCACCUUGCUGUUCGGCGGCAAUGCGAGCGGUGGCAGGUGGGAAGUCUCUGAUGAUACCCAGCAAAGUAUAGAGUUGCUCGAGGAUCUGGAAGCAAGAGGCGAAGUGCAGUUGCUCGCGGGCCAGUCUAGCAGCUCGGAUCGUACUGUGCCCAUACAGCGACAAGAGACCAACCCGUCAGAAUCGCCCUCAACCGGAGAGGCACGAGAAGCGGAUAGACUCGUGCGCAGCAAUACGGCUCGCAACGCAAGUGCCAAUGCGCUCGCAGCUCGAGCAACAGCCACUCCACCUCCUCCGCGCUCUGACAGACCACGUAACCCGAAAUUGCCAAGAGGAAUGUCCACCGUACGAGGAGCACUACCAAAGGGCCGUGCAGGCAGAACAACAGCUUCAGAGACGACAGCAACAGGCGCAUCGACCGCUGCUAGAAGCAGCAAAGGCGAAGAUGCGGCACGUGUCCUGCCGCAAGCCUCUGAGAGUGUUCAAGAUAUACGCUCGCCGACCACACGAGCCUCGCGAUGUCCCAUCUCUGAGAGACCCGAAUCUACACUGCUGCUGGUCAGCCGCAAUGAAGCCAAGGACGUCGCUUCCAUAUUUGGCGAUCUUCGCAUAGUAGAGCGUGGGCGGGAUUCGCAAGAAGCUACGGUCGGAUCGUGCCAGCACCUACCAGUGUCCGACGGGGAGGGUAAGGGUGGAGCGGGUGACGAAGCUCAAGAGGCUCUGCAGGGCGCAACGCGUCCUUCCAGGGUACGAGCGCAGGAAGAGGAGGAAGAGGAGCUGGACAAAAUGUUGGCCAGCCAAAGAGCGGAGGAAGAACGAGGCGCUUUGAGCGGGCAGACCAGCGAGGAUUUGUGGGACUUCGCAAAGCUGGCUCGCAAACAGAUGAAUGAGGAAUCCAAAACGGAAGCCGUUCCGUAG